AUGGCGAGUGUGAACAUGCCGCUCUUACCUGAUGAGCUCAUGUCCAUGAUAUUCCUCAUGAGCGCCCACUCCCCCGAUAUCCCAGUCCAUCACCAACGCUCAAACCUCCAGCUCACAUCGCGGCGAUUUUCAUACAUCGUCCACUCAACCGCUCGUUUCUGGACCGACUACCCAGCGAACAUCCCACUUUCCUCGUUUCGAGCGUACCUCGCGAGAUCCAGAGUGUGCGGCAUCUCCCUCGCCAUCUCACUCAGAUCGGACGGAGACGACAUGCAGAGCGCGAUCGAGAAGCUGCAGCUUGUGGGCGGUCGGUUGGAGAACUUGUCCGUUGAGGCCGGCGCGCUCGUCAACGCCGCUGUCUUCUUAUCUCGCAUCGCGCCACUGCCUUCUGCCUUGCGCACUUGCACCGUCUCCAUGCACGCCGACGCCGACACCUCGCUCAGCCGUGUCGCUUUCCCUUUCCCACAGCACCUCUUUUGCGGUGCCACCGGGCUCCGGGAGCUAAACAUCUGCGAUGGACUGUACUUCCCGCGCAGAUUCGCCCUGCCGGCGUCACUGGAGAUCUUGUCGAUGAAGUCCGUUCUGAAGCUGAACGUCCUUUUACACGCUAUAAGCGCCACUCCGAAACUCCGACAGCUCGCUUUCACAAGCAACUGCACGACGCCACCAGCAUCGCUGAAAGCCGUAUCGUUGCCCGCACUGGAGACCCUCGAGGCAUCAUUUAUCUCUGGCGGUACCGCCGAGAAGCUUUUUCGAUCUCUGACUUUCCCGACAUCGGCACGGCUUUCUGUCACGAUCAAAGUGACCACUUCGGGUCUACCGCAUCUGAAUAAUGAUCUCCACGCUGUGACGUCGCAUAUAAGGGGCACUGAACGCGGGCGCAUCGUGAGCUUGAAAGCGAGCGCGGACGGGAGAUAUUUCCAUCGUGAUGCUGUGUUCGUCGACUGCUAUACGUACCCGCACAUCAGUCGCGGCUCUUCAUCCCCAUCGCGCUCAGGAGGACCUGAGGACUCUGAGACGGGACCCCUUCUGUCUCUCCAUCUCGCGUGGGACCAUCCUUACCCGAUGCAGCGCGAAGAUGCGUUUGGGCUGCUCAUGACGGCACUCCCCCUCGAACACGUUGAAGAGGUGGCGCUCUGCACGACCGGUCCGCGGCUGCGCGGUAAUGUGCGCGAGUGGAUCGCUAGCCACGGCGUGAAGACGGUCAUGGACUACCUCUCGCAUGUGACUACGAUCGCGGUGUCGAGCCCGGACGCACUGGACGAGGUACUCUAUGCGGCCACAUCGAUCCGCGUGCGGCGGCUAUCUCGUGUGGUCGUGCUGGAGAAGCAGUGGAGCGCGCCGGGCGCGGUGCAUCCGAAUACGUUGGGUCGGUUGUUUGAUAGAAGAAGGAAUGAGGGCUUGGAUGAAGUGGAGAUUGAGUUGCGCGAGGGAGAGGACGUGUUUACGGGCCGGGUCUUGCGGACGUGCCAUUCUAGUGUUUAUAAGCCGCGUGAGGAUGAUGAAAGACCGUCGGCGACCGAUUGGUGGGCUGCGUGGGGUAUUGUAGAGUAG